UACUGCGCAUGUUGGAUGACAGGUGCACACACAAAGCUCCAUCUUGGUAACCCUUUACCAAUGCAAUAGGACAGCGGGAAUAUAGAUUCUGUUCAGAUUAUUGAAAUUGAAAAAGAUAAGAAAAACAGACGGGAAUCGCCGCCGUAAUGAAAUUUCGCGCUGACUCGCGCUUACUGAAGGAACGACGAGCAGAAUGCGAUAUAGACGGCGACCGGUCAUAAAUGCUUUUUAACGACCGAUCGCACUGUCAGCGCUACUGGAUCGGAUCUGUGGAACAACAACCGUUACCAUAUUGAAAUGGCUAAGUUAAACUGCUGUAAUCUGAAGGCUCUAAAGGUGAUUUUCUUCUUGCUUAUCAUCUGUCUCUGGAUGGAAGGAGGAUUCACCAAAGAAAAAUCUGCUAAGAAGGGAAAGAAGAAGGGAAAACAGGUUGACUGUCCUUCGCAGCUGUCGUCAGAGGAUCUGGCACGGGUUCCAGCAAACUCUACCAGCAAUAUCCUCAACAGGCUUUUGGUCAGCUAUGACCCAAGAAUCCGACCCAACUUCAAAGGCAUUCCUGUUGAGGAUCGUGUGAACAUUUUUAUCAACAGCUUUGGGUCCAUCCAAGAGACUACUAUGGACUAUCGUGUCAACAUAUUCUUGAGACAGCGCUGGAACGACCCCAGACUCCGGCUUCCUCAGGACUUCAAGUCGGACUCGCUCACCGUUGACCCGAAGAUGUUCAAAUGCCUGUGGAAACCAGAUCUUUUCUUUGCCAACGAAAAGAGCGCUAACUUUCAUGACGUCACUCAGGAGAACAUCCUGCUCUUUAUCUUCAGGAACGGAGAUGUCCUCAUCAGCAUGAGGUUGUCUGUUACCCUCUCUUGUCCACUGGACUUGACUCUCUUCCCCAUGGACACCCAGCGAUGCAAAAUGCAGCUUGAGAGCUUUGGCUACACCACAGAUGACCUGCAGUUCAUGUGGCAGUCUGGAGACCCUGUACAGAUGGAUGAGAUUGCUCUGCCUCAGUUCGAUAUUAAGCAAGAGGACAUUGAAUAUGGCAACUGCACCAAGUUCUACGCUGGGACAGGCUACUACACGUGUGUGGAGGUCAUUUUUACUCUGAGGCGGCAGGUGGGCUUCUACAUGAUGGGUGUAUACGCUCCCACCCUGCUCAUCGUCGUGCUCUCCUGGCUCUCUUUUUGGAUCAACCCUGAUGCCAGCGCUGCCCGGGUGCCCCUGGGGAUACUGUCAGUGCUCUCGCUCUCUUCUGAGUGCACGUCUCUGGCCUCUGAACUGCCCAAAGUCUCCUAUGUAAAGGCGAUUGACAUCUGGCUGAUUGCCUGCCUGCUCUUUGGCUUCGCCUCUCUGGUCGAAUACGCUGUGGUUCAGGUGAUGCUUAACAGCCCUAAACGGUUGGAGGCAGAGCGAGCAAAGAUGGCUAGCAAGGAGAAGGCGGAGGGAAAGACCCCUGCCAAGAACACCAUCAAUGGCAUGGGAAGCACCCCUAUUCACGUCAGUACACUACAGGUGACAGAGACAAGGUGCAAAAAGGUAUGCACCUCCAAGUCAGAUUUGCGCUCCAAUGACUUCAGCAUCGUAGGCUCUCUGCCACGGGACUUUGAACUCUCAAACUUUGACUGCUACGGCAAACCCGUUGAAAUUGGUAAUGCUUUAGGUAAAUCGCAAGCCAAGAACAACAAGAAGCCGCCACCUCCUAAACCUGUCAUCCCCUCGGCAGCCAAGCGCAUAGAUCUUUAUGCUCGCGCGAUUUUCCCAUUCACCUUCCUUUUCUUUAAUGUCAUUUACUGGUCUGUGUAUUUGUGAUUGUGUAAAGUUUAAACUGCUUCCAUUCAGCCAACGUUUCCCACCUUCGUAUCACCUCAGUCCAUAUGAUUUUUACCUCAGACAUCAAACGGAGCAGUUUUGCCACUGAUGUGCAGUCAGAGCAAAACUAUGGGAAUAAACACAGUAUUGCUAAUAAAAAAACAACGUUUUCGAAAACAUUGAUUUCCAGCUACUAUAUUUACUUUAUGCACAAACCUGAGAUAAAUUAUUAUCUUGCAUGUGUAAAUGGAAUAUAUGGAUAUUAAUAUAUUGUAUUUAAAAUAUAUAACAUUAUUUUUGACCUACAGAUCAGCUGUUAUGAUGAUGCUGAGACCUUUGUACUGAUAAACACUGCCAUAAGAACUGUCUUUUGAUGUUCCUAUUACAAGCAUUCCAGAAAUUACAAGCAAGUGUAUAAAGCAGAAAAAAAUCAACCAAGCUUGUGAAUCAACCAUCAAUAAAUGGCCCAAUG